AUGGAAGAGGACAUGCGUAGUGAGUAUCGACAGUUAGGAAAGAAUCUGAAGAGUAGGACUUCCAAGGCAGUAAUCUUUGGGUUCUUCCCAGUGCCUCAUGCUGGUCAAGGCUGGAAUAUGAUGAUCGUUCUGAUAAAUCACCGUCUUAAUGCCAAUCACACUCGUAGUAUAAUUUCAAGCAUGAAGGACCUGGAGUUGGAUGAACUUGGGAUCGUCCAGGAGCAAUUGAUAGAUACGAUUUUUGGUGAAAAUCAGAAACAGGAAGCGGCUAAUUUGCUCGCAAUCAUCAUUUUCUCCCGUGGAAACUGUGGUCUCUCGAAAUGCAUCACUCGUUACCUGGUGGGCAUGGCGAUGGGCGAUCUAAUGGUCCUGAUAACUGAAGUAAUUCUUUAUGAGAUUGUAGACGGCUACUUCCCAUAUUCCGUUUUCAAUCAUACUCCGUUUUGCAGAUGGAAUCUUGUCGUGCACUUCAUCUCAAUUGACUGCUCUGUCUGGUUGACCGUGGCUUUUACCUUUGAUCGAUUUGCUGCUAUUUGUUACGAGUCGCUGAGAACGAAUUACUGCACUGAAAGGACAGCAGCUAUUGUGAUAGCGGUCGUGUGUUCCUUGAAUUUUCACAUCCUUGCGUUUUACUACUUGUUGAACCACAGAAGGAGUGAGCUGACUGAAUAUAGCAUAGUGGCAACGCUGGAUGACCAGCAGAUAGUGUACUUUGACAGUACGCUGCAAAGGGCUGUUCCCAGACAAUGGUGGAUGGCUUACUCUUUCCCGAGUGAACACUGGGAUGAAAUAGCCAUCACAGUGGCAGGUUUUCAUGGGAUAAUCAGAGGGAAUGUUGAGAUUGUUUACCAACAGCACAGUGUCCCAGCUGAUUUCUUUGUCCAGGGGGUUUGCGGCUGUGAAUUGAAGUAUGAUAACUCCACAGAUGGGUUCAUAAGACUGGGCUAUAAUGGCGAAGGUGCAUGUGUUUUUGACAAGGAAACAAUGAGUUGGAUUGUGCUAAAUCCACAGUUCCAAGUGCUUGCAGAUCGGUGGAAUGUCAACAUGCUCAUGAACAAAUACUUCAAAGCUCUCUUGGAGAAAGACUGUGUGAAGUGGCUGCUGAUAUAUCUUGAGUGUGGGCAAGAAGCGCUACGGCAGAGAGCAAUCCCUGAAGUGUUUAUCAGUAUUAGGAGUGAUGGAUUUCAACCGCUGAGACUCUCCUGCCUUGUCACAGGGUUCUACCCACAGGCUAUCGAUGUUUCAUGGCUGAGAGAUGGUGAGUGGGUCCCCGAGAUUGGAUCCAGUGAUGUAUUACCCAACCAUGAUGGGACUUAUCAGGUGAUGAAAAUGAUUACACUGAAUGAAGCUGAGGUGGCAAAAUACUCCUGUUACAUCGAGCAUGCCACCCUCCUGCAGGGACUCAAUAUACCACAGGAGAGGACAACAAAGAAAGAUACAAAGACAGUGCCUGUGGCUGGAGUUGCAAUCAUUCCACUCAUUCUCCUCGGGAUCAUCAUUGGAAUUGGCUUCUGGAGGAAGAAGAAUUACAGCAAACCUCUGAGUAACCAGCAAGGACCUGCUGAAAUGAACGAUGAUCAACAGCGUACUGUUGUGACCGGGAGAGACAAAGGCUUCCUCAGCGCUGACAAAUAG